CCCUCCAUGUCCCCACCCCCGGAAGCGCAGCCCGAGCACCUGACAUCAACAUGGCGGCGGCGGGGCGGCGCGCUGUGGGCCCGGGGCAGCCACCACCACCCGUGGGGGACCCGCCGCCCGCUCGCGAACUAGUGCGGCCCUCGGUAACGGAGCUGUCCCAAGUGAGGACCAACAUCCUGUGCACCGUGCCCGGCUGCGGGAAGGUGCUGCCCAACAGCCCGGCCCUCAACAUGCACCUCAGCAAGGCCCACCGGCUCCAGGAUGGAAAAUUUAAUGCACCAAUAAGGAAGGGUUUGAAAACUCCACAGAAAUUCUACUGCUGCCCGAUUGAAGGCUGCCCCAGAGGACCAAACAGGCCAUUUUCCCAAUUUUCUCUUGUAAAACAGCACUUUAUGAAGAUGCAUGCUGAAAAGAAGCACAAAUGUGAUAAAUGUAGUAACUCCUAUGGUACAGAAUGGUAUUUGAAACGGCAUAUAGAGGACUGUGGCAAGACUUUCCGGUGUACUUGUGGGUGCCCCUAUGCCAGCAGACCGGCAUUACUGUCUCAUAUUUACAGAACUGGACAUGAAAUUCCUGCGGAACACAGGGAUCCUCCUAGUAAGAAAAGGAAAAUGGAAACCUCUGUACAUAAUCAGCAGUUGGCAGAGAAAGGAAAUAAAACAUUCGUCGAUACACACAGUAAUAACCCUGGGACUCAGGAGCUGGAGUCAUCUGAAGUGAAACUAGUGGCAUCUUUUGAAGGUUCCUGCAAUUCUAACUUCACAAAGCAAGUGCACCCGAAAUGUACACCCAAGAUGCUUUUGCCAAAGCCCAAGGUGGCUUUGGUUAAACUUCCAGUGAUGCAGUUUGCUCACUUGCCUGUGUAUGUAUCCGCAACAGAUUCUUCUGUCAAGCCUGUUGUAGUGGCUGUUGAUAAUCAAGGUUCAGUUGUAAGUACUGUUCAUUUAUUGCCUCAAUCUGUGGGAAUUCUGAUUCCAGCACUGGAGGCGGAAACACUUGUAUUUAAAGAUACUAUGCCAGUUUCAAAAGUGACAAAUUCUGGUGAUAAUGAAGCAGUAAGUACUGGUGUACAAGUCGACUUGGAUAAGGUUACGUCAAAUAGCCCAGGACAAGAGCUGGGGAAUGUUUGUCACAAGAAUAAAAUUUCUUCAAUAAAUGUACAGACUGACUUAUCUUAUAUUUCUCAAAAUUUUGUACCAGCUGCAGCCUGGACUCCUGAUUCUUCUGUAUCUUCUUGUUCUCAGACAGAUCUGUCAUUUAGUUCACAGGUUUCGUUACCCAUCAGUGUACAAACACAGACGCUGCUGCCUGCUUCCAAAGUGACUUCAUCCAUAGCUGCUCAGACUGAUGAUUUUAGUCAGGCUUGUUUUCCAACAUGUGGCAUUUCUAGAGAGACUCAAACCAGUAGGACGCAGGAUUCUAUUGAUGGACGAGCACAAAUGGACCAGGCUGUAAUGUGCAGUGACAUCUUUGAAAAUGUUCAUUCGUCAUUUAAUGUUGCUACUCAAAUUGAACUUCCAGAAAAUAACUUAAUGACUACAAACAUAGAUCAAACCUUGCUGCAAAGGAGUAAUUGCAAGAGCCUCAAUCAAGACACAGUGAAGUCUGAAUCUCUUAUUGGCUUCAGUACCCAGGCUAAUAUACUUCCACCUCAAAAUACAAUGGAUAAUCAAACCCAGACAAUGGACUUGCUAAGUGAUCUGGAAAAUAUCUUUUCAGGAAACAUGUCUGGCCAGACACUGGAUAAUCGUGGCCUUUUGUCUGAGACUAGUUCUAAUGCUGACACGCAUCUGCCAUCUGGUUCAUCACAGAGCACUGGAAUAGACUUUGACAUUGAAGAGUUCUUUUCAGCAUCCAAUAUCCAAACUCAGACUGAAGAGAGUGAGCUUGGUACCCUGCCCUCUGAGCCAGUUUUGGAGUCACUGGACAUCGAAACUCAAACUGAUUUCUUAUUUUCAGAUAGUGCCACUCAAUCAUAUAGCUGCAGAGGAAAUUCUAACUUCUUAGGCUUGGAGAUGUUUGAUACGCAGACGCAGACAGACUUGAAUUUCUUUUUGGACAGCAAUACCCAUCUGCCUUUAGGGAGUAUUCUGAAGCAGUCUAGUUUCUCCAUGAGCACUGACUCAUCAGAUACAGAAACCCAGACAGAAGUAUAUCCUGCCACUAAAAACGUACCUAAUCAGAACAUAGAAAGCAAAGUCCAGCUCAGUAGUGCUGAAACACAGACUAUGGAUAGCUGCUUUGAGAAUCUUGGGAAUUUAUUCCUUACCAGCAACGAGACGCAGACAGCAAUGGAUGACUUUCUUCUAGCUGACUUAGCCUGGAAUACAAUGGAGUCCCAGUUCAGUUCAGUAGAAACACAGACCUGUGAAGAGCUGUGCUCCUUGUUUCAGAGCUCUGACAAGCCCAGUCAUUGAGUGCUGUGCAACAGAACUGUUUCCUGUGGUUUGAAAUUAAGUUAUUGGGGUGGGAGAGAUGCAUCGACCAAGUAACCCAUUUCACAUUGUUGAAUGUAGUUAUUGUGUGCGGUUGGCCUAAAAGACUUUUCAUGCUGAAGGUACUUCACUGAAAAUGUAACUUCAAUAUAAGUUAUAUGUGCAUAAGGGGGGGGUUGGGAGGGGGACAAAACAUGUUAAUGUACAUUUGAACCUUAAAAAAACAGUUUGUGGUGCCUAUGUUUUUUGCUCAAUCUUCUUUACAAACUGCUUCAUUUAAACCGAAGAACCUUUUGAAAGUGUCCCAUGUAUAUCUCCAUGUAUAUCUAUUUCUGGCUUAUGUAUAGGGUUCCACUGUGCUAGACCAAAACCUGCCCUGUCCAAUUCAGAUGCUUCCCUGAAUUCUCUUAGUGUAAGCUACUUCUGUUGAUGUUUUUUAGGAGCUUAGUGUCUGGUAUGAACAUAAUAAGCCGUAUUGUUUUUUCCUUUAUGCCUUCACAGCUCUUUCUCCUGUUUAAGUUGCAGUGUUCUGAACACCCGUCCAACAGCCAUAGAUACAUGUAGACUUGAAUUAUGGAAUACCAAUGAUCUGCAAAAUAUGUAGAAAGCAGUAGCUGUUCUUCCCAGAUGCUACUAAUGCCCAUUGAAGGGUAGAAAAAGAGCUUAGAAUGCAUAAUCACUUGGAAAAUUGUUAUGAUGUCCUUUUAGCUCGUGUCAUAAAUGGGACUAAAGUAAUUUAAACUCUUUGAAGGGAUUUGCUUGAAUUAUUUCUUACUGUAAGACACAAAUGUUACGAUGUUUGUGCCUCAAAAACUGGAAUAGUUUGUUUUCUCUGAAAUCCCCCUAGUUUCCACAAAGAUGUAAGUUGGGAAAUGUCACAAUGGUUUAUAUUUCCACUACCUUAACAAAAACCAUCAAAGUUGAGAAACUGAAUUCUUUACCUAUACUUGGAUUUCAGCUUCCAGAACUGAUGCAAACUCAACUGCAUACAACAAGGCCGGAAGAUGUGCUCACAAAAACCCUUUCAGAAAAGAUGUAUUUUGCUUUUGCACAUUGAUCUGCAGCAGGUGCUUCCUGCAGCUUUUGGAAAGUUUUCUGAGUUGUAAUCAAAAACUGGGACUGAUCUGUCAAAGACAAACAUGUGACCUCUUGGAUUUCUGUAUGUUUAUUUUACCCUUCGUAUUGUGCUUGUAGCAGAUGUAUUGACAUGGAAGAAUACAAAGCCGGUUGUGAAUGUAUGCUGGAAUUUGGCCUUAACUGAUUCUUAUCUUGUUGUAGUGCCUGCAGAAAUGUAGGCCUCUGGUUUUGUCCUGGACAGGUUUUAGUUUCUAUUACGUUAACUGAAAAAUGAAACAUCUUUAUGUCAUAUUCCCGGGCUUUACUCCUCUGCUGUUGGAUGUACUGGUUAUGUGUUUACUAGGCGUCCCACCAGUAACAGAUGUCUCAGCUGUAGUUUUCAAAGACUUGCUAUGCUUUGUGCACAGCUUCAUAUCCUCAGCUCGAGGAUAUGGGAGUGCAGUUACUCACCCAACACAACUAGCUUGUUGUCUUGAAAAUGAGCAAUACCUUUUGAUUUUAUUAUCUCAUCUCACCCCUCUUUAAAUUGCCAUACUUAAUUCAACACAGUAUCUGAUAGGUAUCAGAAUCCUACGCUGGUGCCCUGUGUCUUUCAGUUUGGAUAUAUUAAAUGUUUUUCUGCAAACGCAAAGGCUGCAAUCAGGCUGUUUAUAGUUGCUGGAUCCCACAGGAAAGCUACUGAAACCUGGUCCGAAAUAUCAUGAGUCAAUAUUACUUAUUCUUAAAAGUGAAACAAUUUACUUUAAAUGGGUAAUUGACUAUUUUGAGCAUUGUUUUCAAAAUAAACUUCUCUGAGAGCUAUUUCUUGGUAGUACUAAAAUGAUACUUAUCUCCCUUUUUCUGCAGUUUGUCUCUGAUUUGAUUUUCAAGGCACUGACUCUGUUGUAAGUAUUGGUCAGUAGUGACUUACUGUUUUGUUAAUUCUCUCCUCUGUGUCCUCCGCUGCCAUUUGAGCCGCUAUAUGAGAAGUAACAUCAGGUUGUCCACAACCUCAUAGCACAAACUUUUAUCUGGAAGUGAUACUAAUAUUACUUGUGCUUUCUCUUUGCUUUUCCUGCUUCAUUAAGUUACGCUGCCAUUGCUAGCUCUUGAUCUGGAAGUCUGUAAAUAUUAUUCUAAAACUCAAUUAGUAGUUUAAUUAGUCUGAUUAGUGGUAGACUUGUGCAUUUCCUUCGUAUUGUCAAAAUACAGAAUACAAAUAUUAUCCCCCAUUGGAUGUUAUUGUGCAUGGGUGGGCAAAGCUGAGUAGUGUACUUGAAACUUUUGGCUUCUGAGAGAACACUGUUAGAAAAGUGAACUGUGUUCCAUUUUCAAGGUAUGUGAAAAUUUUAACAAGGGAAACAAGUAAAUGUAGGACACACGUUCUGUGAGAAGCACAAAACAGCCCUCAAAAAAAAGAGAAAAAAAAAAUAGAGUUCUGUCUUACAUCAUGUCUUGUUGCCUUCUAUGUGUGUUUGUAUGACAAUAGAUGGAGUUUCUUCUAUAUUUGGAGUUAGGUUUGUGUCUGUUUCUACAACCAUGGAUGUAAAAGCUUGUUUCUGCUUUGGGAAAGGAGGGAAUCUUUCCUCUGGCUCUUAAUGGCGGCCUAAGAGAUCUUGCUAGUUUAAAGUCAAUGUAUUAAUGCUCCGGAAUCUUAGCUAUGCAAAGCUGUUUGUGUCUAGAAACUUCUCACUUCCAAAGGACUGGAAUCUUGAGGAAAACAAUACUUGCAGCUGUUUAACUUUAAAAGCUGUAAAAAAAAGUCCAGCUUUAAACAAGUCAGUGUCUGUAACUUAAUGUAUGUAACUAACACUCCACAUUUUAUUCCAAGACUGACUCACCCAUUUUCUCAGUUGAAAACAAAAGGUUCAAUUUCCCUGUUAGCCUUAUACCUUGAGAGUGCAGAGGCAACAAAGAAAAGUGACUGCCUUCCACUGUUCUGAGUCUUUAUCCUGGUAACACACAGUCAUGUGCUGAGUCAGAUGCAGGCUGGUCUUUCUGUGUGGCUGAGUACAAGAUGUAAGCAUUGGCAGGAUUGGGAUCUUUGGGUCCUCAGGGCUUUUUGGUUGUUUGAUUUUGACUUUUUUUUUUUAAUAACCUUUCAAAUGCAGGAUAAGUAAGAUCAAUAGAACCAUAUUGAAUCAAAGUAAGGUGCUAGACUUGCAAAAUGUUACUGAAAUGACAACUCAGAGUUGAACCAAACUCUCUUGCCUUUAUUACCAGGUUGUACAGCUUCCUUUUGGCUACUUUAUUUUUUUUUUUAACAUCAUCUUUAUGUGCAAUUUACAGUUUCAAAUACAUUCACACCAAAAUAUUUUUUAUGUUGUAAGCUUUUUCAUUCCUGUUUGGUUGAAGGUGCUGCUAUGCUCGUGUUCAUAAUAGAUCUACUGUAAACAGACCUCCUUAACAAUUUCACUUGAACACUAUGAGGAUAGGGCUGUUGAACAGCAAGCUGCUUCAAUGCAUGAUGCAAACACGCAUCUUUUGUUCCUCCUCUUGUGAUGGAUUUUCAUUUGAUCUGUUGUUUCUUUCUGUGGUUCACGUGAAUCCAAAUGGGUGCUAAAAGGGUUUGCUGGUUAGAGCAUAACUGCAUUUUCUUGUUUAAAGUGCCAUUGCUACGCAGUGAGCAGCAUCAAGGAACUACACUGUUCAGUUCUGUGUUGCCAUGCAGACAGGUUGAUGUUUGUCUUGAUGUGUGUGACUCUUCCACUUUACUGAAAAAAUGUCAUCAGACAGCCUGAAACAGCAGAAAUUCCUGACUGAGCUGCAGAUCUCUAGUAAAAUAACACAAGUCCUUCACUUCUCAUUCUGGUUUUUCAGGAGUAUCUUCAACAUAACUAGCAAUGGAGUAUGGUGGAUGGCUUGUGAUGAAGUCAGCCAUGACGUAUCCAUUUCACAAUGAGUAAUGCUUUACAUGCAUGCUUCAGGCACUUGCAUGCAGAGCUAGAUUGACAAUACUGUUUUAAAGGUAUUUGCAAGUGCAUCUAUGAUAAAAAUAAAGCUAAAUAUAAAAGUAGCCAUAUUUUUUCAACUUACAGAAUUCAAAACCUUAUAAUGACCUAGUUUAAACUUGUAGCUAUUUAGAAUGAUGAGGAAUACAUCUCAUGGGUGAGCCUUUCCCAAAGCAUGUGUGAGUUAAUAAAGCUGAGAUAUGUCCUUAAAAUAUUCUUCUCAUCACUGGUGGGAUUUUGAUCUAGCAGACAAAUCUGGUUUUCAAAGGAUGUUCAUGUUUGAUUCUCGCUAUUUAAGCCAAUAAACUUGCAAUAAGCAGAGAAAAGCAAGUAUUCGUUUCUGAUACCUGUUUUACAAGUGACAAUCCCAAAGAAAGAAUGUUGUCCUAGCAAUUGUGAAACAUUUUAAGUAUGUUAAUGCAUGCAGGAAAAACAACUGUGCCAAAAUACUGAUUCAUAUUUCCUUAUGUUGGAAACUAAACUGUUAUGCAGAGCUACUAGUAAGUUAUUCACACAAGCAUUGAAGCCUUGUGUUCACAAAUGAAGCACUUAUUUAGUCCUGUAAAUUAUACAUAUUUUGGAAUAAAGUGAAUUUCAAUCCAUUUUUGCCUUCUGUUUUCUGCUGUGAUCUUCUGUAGAAGCACAAGUAGGGCAUACAGUGCCUGUUAGUGGGUACCACCCAUUGCUCCGUAACAUCUAAUCUUUGGAAAGCCAGAUCUCUUUUAAAUUAGUAAAGUUUUUGUAACUUACAGCAGGAAUCUUACAAUCAAAACCAGACAGGGCAGGUCUGCCCUGCAGACAGCAGUCAGACACUUCAAACAGUCUGUCCUCAUGCAGCUUUCAGAGGUGUCAGGAUGGUCUACAAGGCAGGACAGAUUCUUAAGCUUGAGAGGAAGAUUAUGGCUGUUUAGAAAUCAGGAAAGCUCCACCCAUUUGUUAAAUGCUUUCUUGUUUGGUGUUGAUGAGAAUUUACUGUUAUUCCUUCUGUUGGCAGUGAAAGCACCCCUGACCCAUUUGCACUCAGAUUCUGAAUUUCCUUUGCCUAAAGAAAUUGCAUCUUGGCAAGCUGACUGUGUUCCAUCAAAACAAUUGAAAGGAGAGGCAAGUUUUCUUUCUGGCUCCAGGAUUUGAUAUGUCCUGUGGAAUCAGUCCUUGAGAGGUUUGGACAUCAUAAUAAAGAGCUGAUUUAACUUUCA